AUGAGGGCUGUCAAUUUUGUUCAGAGACUGCAGUGGGAUAUCAAUGGCAAUGUUCUGACUCAUGGAAUUGUCAUUGGUGACGUUGACAAUGAUGGAGACAAUGAAUUAGUCGUUGGUACCUCAGAAGGAGAGCUGUACAUUUUUAAAGGAACUGAAGUCUGGCAUAAGACAACUGGACUAGGAUUGAUAUCCUGCGUCGCUAUAGGUGAUAUAUUUAAUUAUGGACGAAAUGCAUUGGUUGUAGUAUGUAGCGAUGGUUGGGUUCACAUUUAUUACAGUCCACGGUCAGUUAAUCCCAGUACAAAUUCUACUUAUUCACAAGUUAUUAAUAAAGAGUUUUUAGAUAAAAUGGGUGGAAUUAAUUUUGACCACUUUUCAAGUUCCGCAGAGUCGGAUCAACUGUCUAGUAAAAUGGAGUGUGUACAUUUACAGAGAAUUCCUACAAAUACAAAAUUUAUUCUGAUCGCAGAUGUAGACCGUGAUGGUGCUAAUGAAAUGAUUCUAGGAUUAACAGAUCGUGUUGUUAGGUCUUACAGAUGGUCGAGUAACGCUGAUUUAGGUACUGGUAAACUUAUUGGAUUAAAUAAAUGGGAGUGUGCUAAUCAAAUUGGCACUGUAACACUUCAGCAUACGAGUGACGGCACUCCGACAUUACUAGUAGCUCAGCCAGGAGGUACAUUUAUGCGUAUAAAAUGUAACCGAGAUGACUGUGAACUGAGAGAUGAUGAUUCCAAGAACGAAGCAGCUGCGAGUUGCGUUGACUAUCAAACCCUAGGAAUCUCCAGGAUGCGAAACCCGAAUAUCUCAACUGCCAUUAUAGGAAACUUGGAACCUGGUACCACAAAAUUUCUAGUCUCCGAUGAAUCGCCACCAAAAUUCGUGCCAAAAGACACUAGUGUUAAGCAUACCUUUGAAAGUUCAACAAAAGAGAAGAAGAAAUUCAAAACAGGAUCCCUUGAAUUCAAACGCAACUACUCGCAGCUAGACACUCGGAAGCGAAGCUUAGACGAGAGUGCAGGCAAAAGAGAUAAUAUCAUUCGCGAGCCCACAAGAGUUGACGAAGGAAGUUCCGAUGUUGAUCAAGUCGAUGGCAAUGUACUUGGUGGGAACAUUAUCCUAGGAGACUUUGAAAGCAAUCCGCCUAAAAAAUCCGUCUUACCAACGUAUAAUGAUUUCUCACAUACCAAACUCAGUUCUGAUGAAUCGACGCAAGAAGACGUCGAUGUUAAUGUUAAUUCAAAUGAUAAAGUUAUUAUUAAUAGCAAACCCUAUGCACUAGCCACUCUCGAUGGUACAAUUAUGCUUGUUAAAGAUGAAAUUAUUUUAUGGGCGAUGCAAGUAGAUCAUUUGAUAUUCGCGUUAUCGCGAUUAGACGUAACGGGCGAUGGUUCUGAUAAAAUAGUAGUAUGUGCUUGGGACGGACACACUUAUUUCCUCGAUCAGGAGUGCAAUUCCGUACGGUUUCAAUUUGAAGAAUCCGUGAGAGCUUUCUGCGCUGGAAAUUACAGUUUGAGUGCCGGUACAUCAACACCCAGCCUUGUUUACGCAACUUUUACUAAUAAGAUUUUUUUGUAUUACGACGUAAUGCUUCCAAGUAUGCUCGCCAAAGGCCUAGAUCCGCUGGAGUCUCUGUCACCGGAACAGAAAAAAAUGAUAGACAAUUUAUUCGGUGAAUGCUCAGACUCUGAGAGAGACAAAAAGAUGCAGCAACUCACUGAGUACUUAUUAUACGGAAUGAAGGUUGACGAAUAUAUUGAAGUUUUAUACAUAAAAGAAGACUAUAAAUAA